AUGAAUUACUACGUUCCGAUUCCAGAGGAUAAAUCGUGUGAGAGACCUACUUCAUCUCAUACCAUGAGACCUCGGUACACGCCUCGUAUAUUGGGAAGGAGGUUUGCACUGACAUCAACAGCUUUCAAAUAUCUGGAUAUUGGAAUUACCGUGGGACCUGUGUCCUCUGUAGAGCUGCUUAUUGGUGACAACCGAGGAAAUCAGAUAGUUCUGCCUUAUGCUACUUGGAAAGCGUUUAUCGAGAGACGUGCCGACAUCGAACAAUUGUUGCAGUCUGCUGAGAUAUCAUCGCUAAAGGUUCAUGAUUUGAUUGUGCAACUUGUAAAAAUGUACGAGUCGAAUACUGUAAAAUUAACAUUACAUGAUACUUGUAUGCACAUGAAGCCGUAUCUGCAUACCUGCCUAUACUCCCUCAACAUUAUACACAGUUUCGACUAA